UUGUUCUUGCUUUUCUGUCUCUUAGACGUUCGCUAACUGUCUUGCAGAAUGCGACUGUUGCUGUUGUCAAGAUGUCUAGGCGUAAAUCUUUUGAAACGCAAGGUUCAAUCCCGUAUACAUAGACUAGUCUGAUUAGAAUGCCAGACGUCCCGUGGGCGAGAGGUAAAGUGGAAAAGGAAAAGGUUCGAACCUUUGGCACGCGCUUCGCUUUUACCCGGGUGGAGAUGCACCUCUCUCGUGCAUUGUGUUCCACUUGCAUAGUUGAGGAGCUCAUGGACAACCACGGUAAACUUAGCCAACUACAUCUCCCCCACAGACUCCGAACAAGCAACACAACAAGAAGUUGACAGCAAAGAUCUGCAAUCAACAGAAACAAAACAAACUCCAACUUGCGUCUGUCGGGUAGAACAUGUCACUGGUUCACUGUACAACAGGGACAACUUCUAAAAUGACAAACGUGGCACUGAAAUAACACUGUUAUCACUAACUUGUGCCUGUGUAGGGUUGGGUUCAUUACAACCCUUAUUCCGUACUUAGGCCCUAUGUGUUGUCAUCGGCUGUGGGUUUCCUGGUGGUUUCCAGUGCUGGCCCAAGUCCUUGACACCAUCUACUCCAGCUCCUCAGAGGACUUCAGUGCCUCCCUCUGCUCUCGGUGUAUCACGCUCUUAGGGGUGUUUCUCUGUGGGGGCGUUGCCAAUGCAGCUCGUGUCUACCUCAUGCAAAUCUCAGGUUUCUUUGAUAAGACCCGUACCGGGGAGCUCAUUAACCGCCUGUCUGCCAACACGGCUGUCAUCGGGCACUCCCUCACUGACAACCUCUCCGGCGGGCUCCUCGCGCAGGCAGCAGCUGGGAUCAGCAUGGUGGUGAGAAACAGGUACGGCUUUCCUCGGGUGGACACUACACAACUUUUGAAAUCCUAACAUCGCUGAGCCUCUCACAUUAAAUAACCAUCUGUAGUUGUUUGUCUUUGUCUUGCCAACAUUGUAGCGCACACACUAAAAUAGUGAUGAGCUAUGGCUCAAAGCAGCCUUGUAAACGUUCAGUCAGACAUUCACUCUUGCCAUACUGAGUUGAAUUGAAUAACAUUCAUUGUGAACUUCAGACCUGUAACGAUUUGACACUUUCGCUUUGGUUACAUGCAAGUACAAACGCAUACUAUUAGUAGCUAUUGCUCCUGCUCGACAGUACACAUUAUGUGAUGCAAAAAGUAAUCUCACUGAGCUCUCAUUUGCCAUUGCUGAUCACCGCUCUCAAAACGUGUUGUUGUACAUCUCACACUACAAGAGCAUUGACGAUUUUGUGCAGAUAAAAUCAAAUAUAUUUGAAAAUAUUGGGACGUCUGUGACUACUAGAGAUCGGUAGCCCCCAUGUUGCGUCUUUGACCUGCAAACAUUAAACGAGUGUAGGUGACGGCCCCGUGCCUACUCAAACGCAUCUCGAAAACUUGUCUAGAACCGCUAAAUUAUGGCCAAAAUCGUGUCAUGUACACCCGACUUAAACGGCUCCAUUGCUCUGGUUACUCUACGUAGAUUGUUGACUCUGUUUUGAUCAAAGUUCUUUGUCACAACGAGGAAAUUAAAAUUUAGCAAGUCACUUGAGUUUCUUCCUUGUUUACUGUAUUCGUAGGACUUCGUUUCGUAAAGCAAAAUAUCCAUUACAAAUUAUUAUACUAAAUAUAGUCAAGUUGAAUACAUUGAUAAAUAUGUUCACACGUCCUUUUUAGUCAUUAGUGUAUUUACUGGUUCAAAAGGUAACGGAGAAAGCUUAAAAGACUCGAGCUGAAUUGCCUCCUCGCGUUUCUUGGCCUCUCCUUCCCUCUCUGCCAACAGUUUUAUGUGUC